UUCACAGAUUUUUACAGCACCUGCCCCGUGUGCAGCCCGUCCAGGGCAUCAUUGUUGACAGGUCGCUAUCAGACCCGAUCAGGAAUCUACCCAGGUGUGUUGUACCCAGGAUCUAUAGGUGGUCUUCCUCUCAAUGAGACCACCAUCGCUGAAGUGUUAAAGCCCCUGGGUUAUGCCACAGCAGUCACAGGAAAGUGGCAUCUAGGUGUUGGGCAUAAUGGCAUGUUUCUCCCAACCAAGCAGGGCUUUGACCAUUUCCUAGGGAUCCCAUACUCCCAUGACAUGGGCCCCUGUAAGAAUCUGACUUGUUUCCCUCCAGAUAUAAAGUGCUAUGGGCCUGAACUGAUGCGUAUGUCCCGUGGAGGCAACGCUGGUCCUCUGAAAUGUGGCAAAGGUACCACAUAUGAGGGAGGCAUGAGAGAACCUGCCAUCGCCUACUGGCCGGGAAUCAUCAAGCCAGGUAUUACUCAUGAGAUGGCCAGCACUCUAGAUAUCCUCCCCACAUUGGCGCGCUUGGCAGGGGCUGAACUACCACAGGUGAUGCUGGAUGGGGUCGAUAUGACGGAUAUCCUUGUUAAACAAGGAAAGAGUAAAAGGGAAGCCAUGAUGUUCUACCCUGUAGAUCCCAGUGAAAAAUAUGGCCUCUUUGCUGUAAGGCUGGGAAAAUACAAGGCUCACUUCUAUACACAAGGUGCUUUCCACAGCAGUACUACACCAGACAAAGACUGCCCAGAAACAGCAGUCUUCAAGGCUCAUGACCCUCCUCUGAUAUUUGAUCUGGAGGCUGACCCAUGUGAGCAUUAUACUCUGCCAGUAGAUACACCUGACAUCCAAUCUGUGCUGCAACAGGUCAAGACAGUUAAGAAGCAAUUUGAAUCCUCCAUGGUGUUUGGAGAGAGCCAAGUGGCAAAAGGAACAGACCCCAACCUCGAGCCGUGCUGCAACCCUGAGUGUAGCCCCAAACCUAGCUGCUGUCAGUGUUGAUGAGAAAAACUUUUGCAGCUUGACAAUGGAAGGGAAAGUUGGACUAAAGUGCUGCUCUCCUGUGGAGAGUUGAGUUUUAAUUACUGGAAAUGGAAAAUGAAUGUAAAGUAAAUGUGCUCCCUUAGUGAGGAGAUGAUUUUCUCCUCUUUGAUUUUGAUACUGUUGAUACUGUUGAAAUUAUAACUAAUGUUUAACAGUGUACUGUAUCAUCUUUCUUCUGUACUAUGAGUAUUGUUUUAUUUGAUUUCUAAUUUCCACUCAAGGAAUUCUUGGUAAGCCCUUUUCACUCAUAACAUCGUGAGUUAACUAAACAAUGAAGACAACAAUAAAGUUUCAGACAUCAAUCAUAUAUUUUCAAGACGUAUUUUCAAACCCAUGAAAAGGCAAAUGAUUUUUUUGUUUCCAUUGAAACUCACAAGUCUUUGUUUUGAAAUAUACA